AGUCUCCGCCUUGCAGCUCGCAACUCGCAGCUCGCAGUGUGCCCGCCGCCCCUGCCCGCUCCGCCUUCUCGCCGCCGACGCCGCCACCAUGCCCAACUUCGCCGGCACCUGGAAGAUGCGCAGCAGCGAGAAUUUCGAUGAGCUGCUCAAGGCACUGGGUGUGAAUGCCAUGCUGCGGAAGGUGGCCGUGGCGGCCGCGUCCAAGCCGCACGUGGAGAUACGCCAGGACGGAGAUCAGUUCUACAUCAAGACCUCCACCACGGUGCGCACCACCGAGAUCAACUUCAAGGUCGGAGAAGGCUUCGAGGAGGAGACUGUGGACGGGCGCAAGUGCAGGAGUUUACCCACUUGGGAGAAUGAGAAUAAGAUCCACUGCACACAGACGCUUCUGGAAGGCGAUGGCCCCAAGACCUACUGGACCCGGGAGCUGGCCAACGACGAGCUCAUCUUGACAUUUGGCGCCGACGAUGUGGUCUGCACGAGAAUUUAUGUCCGGGAGUGAAGGUGACCAGCUGGCUCCU